AACAAAAGGAAAAGAGGUAGCUAUCCCCAGUCGUUUCUUUCUUUUGUGUGUCGGUACCUGUGUGGUUGUCGCUCUCCUUUGACCUCCACUCACCAUCACCACCACCUACAUGAGAAAGGAAUCCCCACCCUUCUCCUCCGUCUCCGGCGGCACCGUGGGCAAACUAUCCCUAUGUUUCGAAACUAAGCCCUUAGUAGCCACAUUACUAGCUCUCACUCUGGUGAUGCUCAUCUGGAACCUCCCUCCCUACUACCAAAACCUCAUCUCCACCACUCGUCCUUGCUCUGCUCCCCCAACCACCACCACCUCUGUAAUCGCUUCCAAUGCUUCCUCCUUGCCUAUUACCUCCCCUGCCACCUCAUUGUCUGAGCAAAAGUACUCCACCCCAGUCACCGACCCAAACAAAAGGAUCUUUCAGGCUUACGGCAACGCCGCCGCUCUCUUUGUUCAGAUGGGCGCGUACCGCGGCGGUCCAAGGACCUUUGCGGUGGUGGGUCUCGCUUCCAAGCCCAUUCACGUGUUUGGCAGUCCCUGGUACAAGUGCGAGUGGAUCUCCAACAAUGGUUCUUCUACGAGGGCCAAGGCCUAUAAGAUGCUUCCCGACUGGGGCUAUGGUCGCGUCUACACUGUUGUGGUUGUCAAUUGCACGUUUCCGGUGAAUCCUAAUGAGGAUAAUGCUGGUGGAAAGCUGAUGCUCAAUGCGUAUUACGGUGAAUCUCAGAGGAAGUACGAGAAGUUCGUUGCGUUGGAAGAGGCGCCUGGCUCUUACAACGAGUCCAAGUACCACCCGCCUUACCAGUACGAGUAUCUCUAUUGUGGGUCUUCUUUAUAUGGGAAUUUGAGCGCCGCGAGAAUGAGGGAAUGGAUGGCUUACCACGCCUGGUUCUUCGGACCCAGUUCCCAUUUCGUAUUUCACGAUGCCGGUGGAGUGAGCCCUGAGGUAAGGGCUGCCCUUGAGCCAUGGGUGCGAGCAGGAAGGGCCACGGUUCAGGACAUUAGAGGGCAGGCUGAGUUUGAUGGGUAUUACUAUAACCAAUUUCUGGUGGUCAAUGACUGCUUGCACCGGUACCGAUAUGCUGCCAACUGGACAUUUUACUUUGAUGUGGAUGAGUAUAUCUAUUUGCCGGCGGGUAAUACUCUGGAAUCGGUUCUUCAAGAAUUCUCUGAUUAUACUCAGUUCACGAUUGAGCAGAAUCCAAUGUCCAGUGUGCUCUGUCUGAAUGAUUCCACUGUGGAAUAUUCAAAGGAAUGGGGAUUCGAGAAGCUAUUGUUCAGGGAAUCAAGAGAGGGAAUUCGGAGGGACCGCAAGUACGCAAUUCAGGCAAAGAAGGCAUACGCAACUGGAGUUCACAUGUCAGAGAAUGUAAUCGGCAAGACUUUGCACAAGACCGAAACAAAGAUUCGUUAUUAUCACUAUCACAACUCAAUCACAGUUCCAGGCGAAUUGUGUAGGGAAUUUUUGCCUCCAUCGGCGAAGGACAACGUGACCUGGUACAAUAAGCUCCCAUAUGUUUAUGAUGAUAAUAUGAAGAAGCUGGCCAAAACCAUCAAGGAAUUCGAGCGGCAAGCAAUUGGAACUGUACAGGCAUUCUCAUGAUUGAUUUAUGUGCAAAAUAAGUUAUAUACCAUAUGUUAAGGCGUGGCCUGCGUCUUCAUGAUUCAUUCAUCAGCAUAAUUGGUGGGAGGUUGCUGAAAAUUCACUCCUUUUGAGUCUUUCCUGCGAGUGCGCGCCCACCUGUGUCUGGUCAGAAACUACAAAAAGGUGUAUUCCUCUGAUUUGUCUAUAUAUUUAUUUUUAUAAAACCAAAACAAAGGGAGUGAUUGUAUUGUUUUGUGGUUUAUAAUUUGAUGAUUUUGAUAAAUGUGAUCGUUUAGUGUAAUAAUCUUUCUUUCAA